UUCCCCUCCUCCCUCCGCCCCUACUUCGGAGGAGAGCCGGCGUCCGGGAGGGGCCUUGCACAUCUGGCGCGCAGCGAGCGCCAUCUAGGCGCGCCUAGGCUCGGGGCCGACUCAUGUCCAGGUUAGGUGGGGGACAUUGGGACCUCCAACAAGCUUUUGGAACUAAUGGGCCCACGGUUGUCUCCUUUGGGGAAGAGACACCAAGAUGGAAAGAGGACGGCCCAGUACCGGCAGGCAGGAAAAGGCCGAAACUUGAACCUCUGAACCUCUGGGCCUCUGUUAACCGUGUCUGUAAAAUGGGCAGAACAGUUGUAACAUUGUCCCACAAAGUUGGAGGAUGAACACUUUGUUCACAGAGUGGUGCUUGGCUACAGGUGGUGCUCAGUGUAACUUCUUACCGUUGUCCCGUGGAUGGGGAUGCUAUCUCAGGACCAGAAGAAAAGUGGCCCAGGUGGGGUCUGAUGGGCAGUCUGCCUCCAGGACUGGAGUUAGAGCUACAUUCUGUGCCAUCGUCCUUUAAGGGCAUUGACUUGGAGUCAGGAUUUUCCAAGUACUCCCUGAAGACCUCUCCCUUCCCAACAUCCUACUCUCCCAUUUUGAGGAAACUACUGUUAAGAGAGAUUGAGUAACUUGAGGUCACACAGCCUGAAAUUUUCGGGAGACUGCAAGGGACAUGCGGACCUCACCUCCAGAGCCUCGACUGCCAGGCCGCCUUCUUCCCCUGCCUGCUCUGGCCCUUGCUGUUGUGUGGGCAAAAGACCCUGGGUUUGGGGCUUCUGCUUCACUUGGGGCCUGGAGGGACCUAGGCACAGGGCAAGUCAAGCUGGUGGUCAUGUGUUGAGCGCCAGCUGUAUACCCAGCCCUGCUAAGGAAGGUAGAUGAAUUGUCCCUGUUUUAUAAAUGGGGAAACAGGUGCAAAGAAGGAACGGCACAUGCCCACAGUCCCUCUGCCAUUGAAAGGGUGGGACUCUUCCUUCUGAUCACCCUGGCCGCCCACUUUUCAAGGCUUCGGGAGCUGCUUUGGGGGUUGGUUUUUAACCAUGUGACCUCCUCUUGAGCACCACCUACCUUCAGGCAGACGUUUCAGGAGGGGGCCCAGGAGCGAGAAAGAGGCCGAAGCUGAGUUGGGGGUGUCUUUGAUACAGAGGGGGCCAAGAGCCACGUUUUAGGGGCAGAGCUUCACUCUUCAGGAGACGGAGUCCUCACUUGCCAAUUUGCCACUGCGUGACCUCAACCAAGUCCUCUCCCCUUCUCCCCUCUACCUUCUGUGCUGUGAAAUGGGUAUGUUCAUGCCCAGGUAACAUCUCCCAUAUCGCUUUGGGGGAAGAAUAAUAAUGAUACUCAAGUGUUCCCCGUGCAGCCCCCAAUCUACAGAGAAGGGGAGGCCCAGGAGGUUGGGAGAUGUGCCCGACACCCCCCUGAACUGUUUUAUUCCUAAUCCUGGCGUCAAAUGUGUUAGGGGGUUUUCCCCACACCAACCAAUUCGGUUUUCUAGACACCAGGUGCCCUGCAAUUCGGUUCUGACACUACCUGGAGUUAGCACAGACUCCACAGGUGAAGGUCCUAGUCCCACAAGACCAUCCCCGUUUAAGAUGCCAGUUACGGGGCACCUGGGUGGCUUAGUCGCUCCGGCUCGGGUCUGGAUCUCACGGUUUGUGGGUUCAAGCCCCGCAUCGGGCUCUGUGCUGACAGCUCAGAGCCUGGAGCCUGCUUCGGAUCCUGUGUCUCCCUCCCUCCUCGCCCCUCCCCUGCUCAUGCCCUGUCUCUCAAAAAUGAAUAACCAUAAAAAAAAAAAAAAAAAGAUGCCAGGUGCAAGCCCCAAGUUGUCACCUGGGACAUCUGAACAACCAGCUAGAAACCAAGGGUUUCCAUGACCCCCACCCCAGUUUUUAUAACUUGCCAGAACAGCUCAAAGAGCCUAGGAAAGUGCUUUAUUUACUAUUACUGGACUAUUUUAAAGGAUACAACUCGGGAAGAGCCAGGUGGAGAUAUACAGGGCAAGAUACAAGGGGAAGGGGGGUGGAGUUUCCACGCCCUCUGUGUGUUCCGCCCUCCCGGUACCUCCCCGUGGUCACCAACUAAAAAGCUUUCUGAACCCCAGUGGUCUUUUUCCGUAGGCAUGAUGGUUAGAUCAUUGACCUUUGGUGAUUAGUCCAAUCUCCAGCCCCUCCUCCCUCCCAGGAGGUCUGGCAGGUGGGGCUGAAAGUUCCAACCCUCUAAUGCCUUGGUCUUUCUGGGGACCAGCCCCCAUCCUGAAGCUGUUAGUCCCCAGCCAUCACUCAUCUUUUAGUUUACAAAAGACACUUAUCGCCCUCAGAGAUUCCGAGAGUUUCAGGAGAAGAGUGCCAGGGACCAGGGACGAAGGCCAAGUAUAUCUUACUGUAUCCCGCCCUUGCUAGAUGGCAGAGCAGGGGCUAGAACCCUAGACUCUUGCCUGGCUCCCAGGAGCCUUGGGUCUAAGUGGAGGCCCUAUGUUUUCACCAGCAUGUGACACGGGGGCUUUGUUGGAAACCACAGAUCUGACCCCAUACUUGAAACCUUUCUGGAAAAAAAAGUCCUUGAGUGCAUCUGGCCCUGGAGAGGUCAGUGUCUCUCCAGGCACCCUCCCCACCCACCCAAACUACUUCUUUUCUGGCCUCAGGGCCUUUGCACAGCUAGGAGCCUGAUAACACUUCUUCCCUCAGCUACCCAGCUGGCCUUGGAAGCUGUUCCCCAGCAACCCCCAGGGAAGCGAGGCAGAGGCUGCUGGGCCGGGCUGUGUGGCUUUGGCAGGACCCUGCUGAGCCGAGGCCAAGGUGUGUGUCAGCCCCAGCCCCGGCCAGCAGUGUGAUUCACACCGGGCAUCAGCCCAGCCCCAGGAGGUGAAUGGGGACGGUGGCCUCACUUUCCCCUUCAGGACUGUGGCUCAGAGUCAAUACCCAGUUUUGCCAGGCCCGUAUGGGGACCCCAAGGGACCUUGGGCCUAGCUUCACUCUAAGGAGCCCCUAUCCUCAGAGCCAGACACAGACAAUCCCUGGCCUUUUACAACAGCAGUGUCUUCUUUGCUCUGGACCCCUCUUAUGGCUCCCCAGAACCUUCUUGAUAAAACCCAAACUCCGUACUCCUCUCUGACUCCUCCCUAUUCAGUUGUCCUCCACCUCCGGCCCUCUUCUCCCUCGCCUCCAACCACAUCAGCCGCCAUGUUCCCUAACCAUGCCUAACUUCUUCUGCCUCAGGGCCUUUGCCCAAGCUGUGUUCUCCACCUGGGAUGCCCUUCCCCUAGCUCUCCUGUGACUAACCCCUUCUCCUCUGGGACUCAGCCCAUCCACCCCCUCUUUGAUUCCUUCCUAGCAGUUUCACACCCCCAAGUUAUUUGAGUUGUUUGUGUCCCCAGACCCAGAUGAGGUCCCACUACAAACUUAGGUGCUCAACAAAUGCCCAAGGUAUGUGAGACUGAGUCUGCCUUGAGACACGUGUAGGGGAAGAAUUCGGGCCCCCCUCUGUGCUCAGGGCCCUAAUUUUCUGUUCAGGAUGGGCAGGAAAUAUGUAGCAACCACCAUAACCCUCAGCCCUGAUCUAGGUACUGCCCCCACACUGGGUCUGCCUUCUAGAACCCCCUUUCCCCAGGAGGAGCUGGUGGGGAUUGGCUGGAACUUGGCUGUGAGUCACAAAGCCAUUGUGCCACCAGGGCCCCAAGGCUGGCCAUUCGGGCCGGUCAGUUCAGCUUCAGGGGCAGGUCAGAGCCAGCCCAGGGCAGUGUUGCUGCACGUUGCAUGAGAUGAAGGACUGAAUGAAGGCUGCUUCCUCUUACAAGUUGGCUUCUGAGAUUGCACCUUCUCCUCCUGCUCCUUCUCCAACUCUAUGGCCCUUCAAGGCAGAGCUGACCUGCUCAAGAAGAAAGACAAUGCAGCAAGCAACACAGCUCCAGUUAUCACCCAAUGGGCAGAGCUUGUACCAGCCCCAGUCCGACCCCAAUCUCCAAGACAAAGCACGGACACUGCGUCCAAAACCUCAGCAUGAGCCACUUGGUUCCAAGGAGAGCCUUCCGCAAGAUCUGGACAAGGACAAGAAGGUGACUCGUCACAUCCCACGCCUCCGGGCUGUGGUUGAGAGCCAGGCCUUCAAGAACAUCCUGGUAGAUGAGAUGGACAUGAUGCUGUCCCGUGCAGCCACCCUCAUCCAAGCCAACUGGAGAGGCUACCGGCUCCGGCAAAAGCUGAUCUCCCAGAUGAUGGCAGCAAAGGCCAUCCAGGAGGCCUGGCGACACUUCAACACCAAGCGUCUCCUCCGGUCUGGCAAGUCGGUGGAGAAAAAAGUGAGAGUGGAGGAGGGGGACAUCCCUUACCACCCCCCCCAGCAGGUGCGGUUCCAGCAUCCAGGAGAGAGCAAGUCCCCUCUGGCUCAGCCCAUCAUGGUGAGCAAAGAGACCCAGUUCCCUUCCUCCGACAGCCUGGCUGCCUGCACCCACCAGCUGGUCCUCCUGCAGACCCAGAGUUCUCCACAGCCUGGCAUACGGGUCCCUUGUACCAUUGGAGGCCCCAGCGUCACCUUCCUACCACACCAGACCGUUGCCAUCAGGCUUCCAUGCCCAGUGAAUCUAGAUGCAAAGUGCCGCCCACGCCUGCUGACAAGAACCGUCAGAAAUUCCUGCCUUGUCCAUGUAGAAGGGGACACAGUGAAGACCAAGCAAGUAACUGCCAGAGCCAACAAGUCAGGAGCCCCCGGGCCACCACCACCUGUCAGGUGUGCCCCGGCAGUUCACGGAUCACUCAAGACCCAGACCCAGGACCACAUGGAAGCAGAGGUCUUCAGAGCCCCACCCCAGACAGGCCCAGCAGCUGUGAUAACCAAGACCCCACCCCAGCCGUGUGUAGUGCCCACGGGAACAGUAGCCAAGGCCCCACCCCAGAUGUACCCAGCGGCCCGGAUGACCAAGACCCCACUCCAGUCUUGCCUGGCAGCCAUGAUGAACAAGACCCCACCCCAGCCAUGCUCGACGCCCACGGCGACAAUAACCAAGACCCCACCCCAGAUGUACCAGGUAGGCCCGGUGGCCAAGGCCUCACCCCAGACAUGCCCGGUGGCUGCAGUGGCUAAGACUUCACCCCAGACAUCCCAGCCAGCCACAGUGACUAAGACCCCAUUACAGUCAUACUUGGCAGCCAUGGUGAACAAGACCCCACCCCAGCCAUCCCCAGCAGCCCCCGUAUCCAAGACCCCAACCCAGAUGCGAGCAACAGCCUCCAUAACCAACCCUUCACCCCAGACACGACCGGCAGCCAUGAUGGCCAAGAUCUCACCACAGAUAUGCCUGUUAGCCUCAAUGAUCAAGCCCCCAACCCAGACACGCCCUGUGGCCGCGAUGACCAAGACUCCGCCCCAGACAUGCCCAGUGCCGGCGAUGGCCAAGACACCUCCCCAGACCCGUCUGGCGGCCAUGGUCACCAAAACCCCAGCCCAAUUCCGCUCGGUGGCUGCCAUCAUCAGGACCCUGUGCCUGCCACCUCCAACAGCUGGAAAUCUGAAGUCUUCACCUCCAGCAGCAGCGGCAGCCGGAGUUCCCAACACCUCAUCCCACACGUAUCUGAAUGGACCAAAGGCCAAGGCUGUGGUGGAUGCAAAGCAGACAACAGGGAUGGUCAAGAUCUCAUCCCGCUCCUCCUUGCCUGAGGGAAAGGUCAAAUACUUUCCCCCGCCACAUCUGGGGGCUGGGACUCCCAAGGCUCCAGCCAGGCCUCCUUUAGAAGCUGAAAAAAUCAAGACCUUCUCCCAGAAACAGGUGAAAACGGAAACAGUAUCCAACACCAGUUUGGCCGUUGAAACGCCCAGGGCUUCGCCAUGGGCAAAAGUGACUGAGGACAGGAACAAGUCCUCAUUACAGACACACCUGAGGACCGAUGUCAUGAAGGUUCAAUCCCAAGUGUAUGUGCCUGUAGAAACAGCUGUGGUCCUACCCCGGGGCGAGCCGGCCCCAUGUCCGGCCAAGGCCGCGGGAACAUGUCUGGCCAAAGCUCUGCCCCAGGAACGGCUGGCCACAUGUUCAACCACAGCCUCGUCCCAGGGACAGCUGCUUGCUGAAUUGACCGCGACUCUGCCCCAGGCACAUCUGGGCACAUGUCUGUCCAAGACCCUACCCCAGGCACAUCCAUCCUCCAAGCUGACCAAGGCCCUGUCCCAGGGACAUCCACCUGCUGAGCUGACCACAGCUGAGGCUCAGUCACAUCUGGGCCCAUGUCCGUCCAAGGCCCUGUCCCAGGCACGUCCAUCUGCCAAGCUGACCAAGACCCCAUCCUUUGCACAUCUGGGCACAUGUCUGACCAAAGCACAGUCCCAAGCACAUCUGGCCACAGGAGCAGUAAAGGUCCAAUCUCAAGCACAUCUGCCUACCGGGCUGACCAAGGUACACUCCCAGGCCCAGCUGGUCACAGAAGCAGCCAAGUGCCUCUAUGCAACCCACCAACCUGCUGAGCUCAGCAGCAAGACCCAGUCGCAGCCGCUCUUGGCUGGGUUCAAGGCCUCCUCCCAGCCUUGUCAUCACGUUGGUGCCCUUGGCACUCUGCCCCGAGCCAAGCCAGAGGACAGACUGACCCAGAUGCAGCCCCACAGCCAUGCACAGGGCAAAGCCACCCGGGGCCCAUGCCAGGGGUCCUCUGAGACCCAGAGCAUGCUGAUGCCCCUGUUGGCAUCUGCCAGACACCCCACGUGCAACAUUGAAUCCUGGGGUGACAGUGGAGCUACCCGGGCCCAGCCGUCGAUGGCCGGCCCAGCCACACCCUGCCAGGAAGAGCUGGCAGCCUCCCAGCUCGCCUCCCUGUGUGCCGAGCUGGCCGCCGAGCUGGGCUCCCAGGAGGACCUCCGUGCCCUGCUGGCGAAAGCCCUCUCCCAGGGGCAAGUGAGGGCAGCCCUGAACCAGGCCCUGACAAAGAAAGUCCUGGGUGCCACGAUGACCAAGGCCCUGCCCCAGGGCAUGCUGGGCACAGCGCUGAUGAAAGUGCUGUCCUGGGGUGAGCUGGGCAUUGCCCUGUCCCGCACCCUGACCCCCACCGAGCUCCGGGCAAAACUCGCUAAGGCCAAGCAGGGCAAGCUGGCGGGCAUGCUCAGCAAGGCGCUGACGGAGGAGGAGUGGGCAGCCCUGAGCCAGGCCCUGUGUCAGGGGGAGCUAGGCGCGGUCCUGAGCCAGUCUUUGUCUCAGGCAGCCCUGAGGACCGGAGUUGUCCUCCCCAAGGCCACCUCGCAAGCAGCAGGAAGCAGGAUGACUGUGAUGCCGACCCCAGUGGAGGGCCCCGCGGACGCCGUCAGAGCUGGUGGCCAAGCCCGGAACCCUGCCAUCCCCAGUGGAGCUGUCGGGCCCGUGGACCGCGCAGUGACCCCUGGUGGCCCGUGGGAGCUGCCCAGGGCUUCUGUGCCGGGGGACACUGUGGGCAGAGAGGCAGCGGUGAAUCCCAGGCAGCCGGGGAAGCCGAUGGCAUCGAUGCAGGCCGUGGAGAAGAUAAUCAUCCACGCUCUGGUCGUUAUCCAGGCGUGCACACGUGGCUACCUGGCACGCCGCGCCAUCAAAGCGUGGCACCAGUGGGCCGUCGUCAUCCAGGCCGCCUGGCGUGGCUACCGUGUGCGGCGGGACCUGGCCCAGCUCUCCAGAGCUGCCACCGUCAUCCAAGCUGUAUGGCGAGGCUUCUGUAUCCGCCGGGGCCAAACCCCGCCAGCGUUGCUCCAGGGCGUGUGGGCCGAGAUGGGCGGCAGGACCGGGUCGACCUCUGACCACCGCUGCUUCCAGUCCUGCCAGCCGCACGUCUGCCCCCUCUGCCAGUCCCUGAGUCCCAGGGCGGGGAGCCCACCCAGUGUGGUGAUGCUCGUGGGUUCCAGCCCCCGCACGUGCCACAUGUGUGGCCACACCCUGCCUACCCGGGUGGUGCACGGCAUGGGCCGGGGCGCCAGAGUCCAGGCAGGCGUCCCAUGGGGCUCUGGCACCCUGACAACCCCCGGGAGCCCCCGGCAGUCCCGUCGCCAGAAUAAGGCAGCCGCGACCAUCCAGUCGGCGUGGAGGGGCUUCAGCGCACGCCGCCAGCUGAGGCAGCAGCAGGUGGCAGCCAAGACGCUUCAAGCCACCUGGCGCGGCCAUCACACUCGGGCCACCCUCACCAUGGAUGCGCUCUUGGGACCAGCAGCAUGGGACGAUCCGCAGUAUAUGCAGUGGCCAGGUGUCUAGGACAUUGGCUGACUGGUGGGGGGACACCAGGAGAGGGGCAAUGUGGCUCUUUGGGUCUAGUGAAUAAAGCCCUCCACAGCCUGA